UAUAGGUCGCACAACUGGAGUAGUUCUUGAUUCUGGCGAUGGAGUCACUCAUGUGGUUCCUAUUUAUGAAGGCUUUGCUGUAGAUCAUGCUAUUGGAAGAAUGGAUGUAGCAGGAAGAGACGUUACUCGAUGGUUACGCUUGCUGUUACGCAAGGAAGGUACCGAUCUACAUAGGACAAGCGAAUUUGAAAUUGUUCGCGAGAUAAAGGAGAAAGCUUGCUACCUGGCUACAAACGUAGUUAAAGAAGAAGCUAGUGAGAACGACAAGCUCAUCUAUCCUUUACCUGACGGUUCGCGUCUAGAAAUUGGUGCAAGUCGGUUUCGUGCUCCGGAAGUGCUGUUUCGACCUGAACUAAUUGGGGAGGAAUGGCCUGGCAUAGCUCAACUUGUAAAUGAUUCCAUA